AUGGCUGACUGUGACACAGAUAAUUACGACAAUCAAACUGAUCACCUUCCUCCAACGAAGGUUGAGAUCAGGGAAGAUGAAGGAAAAAAAGAGGUCAACGAUGAAGAAAGCCCCCAAAACACGACACAAACAACUCUUGACAAAGGGUGGUCACCUUUGUCGGAAAUCAGCGAGAGUUCUUUAGAUCAAGAAAUUGGAUUGGACAAUCAGGACCCGGUCGGCAGUUCUGCUUCUCCUCAGAUUGCUGAGUGUGACAGCGCACAGAGCUCGCAUGUGACACCAGACACUGACGCAGCAUUGAAAUUGACGACAGCAAACAGCUGUGGUAAGAUAGCUACGCCCGAUAGUAACCACAAAAAUGUAGAAAGUUCCACAUCACCCGAGACAAGCAUCUGUGCAGUUUCCUCAACUGUGGAUGACGAUGAUGAAAAGGAUUGCAGAACAGUGUCUAGUUCUUUCACAGCCAGUAAGUCUGCUCCUGGCAGAAAUCAGAAUUUUGAUAACAUCUUCGAGAAUGCUUCUUUUACAGGUUCCUCGUUGUUGGCCUCGGAACUCUUGAAACAGCCCAAAGAUAAUUGUCAUUUGCACAUUAAUCGAAAAAGAAGCAACAGUCACAUUGUGAAAACGCUGCUAGGCUUUCCGGGAACGUGUUCCAAUUUGGAAUCUCAGAAACCAACUGCAGAAGAGAAUGAUGGCGAAGAGCAGGCAAAAAAAAUGAAACUUUCUGAAUUCGAAACUGCAAACCCUGAAUUGGAAGGAGAUGCAGAAGAGAAAAACGAAGGCGAUAAAUCCCAGGACAGUGAUCAGACUGACUUUGUGGAUAGUGUCUCCAUCAAGAAAACCAACAACGAACUUGUUACAAAGUGUCAGAAUGGAAAAAUGAACAAAGAUGACAGCUUGGAAACUAGAGACGACAUUACUAACCCUUCUCUGCUUGAAGCUGCUGACCGCCUGAAAAUGAGCCAUACUGGUUCGACACCUAAGACGAAUAAGUCAUUUAAUUGUCCUGAUGCAGAUGUCAAAGACAAGCCAAAAGAAACGGAAUCAGUUUUUGUAGUAAGUGAGAAAAAAGAGGAUCUCUGUAAGGUGUCUGUUGUUAAUUGGUCAAAGUCUGUCAGUCAGCCUUGUGCCAAUUCGGACCUUGUCCAAGCACAACCAGUCACUUCAACAGUGAGUCAAAGCACAAUAGACACCAUACACAGAAGAGAGAGUCCCAUCAGGCUAAAAUACAUGUCCAAAUUAAGUACAGACAGUUCCAAUUCUGUGUGUGAAAAUGAGAAUGUCGAAUCUGUUUCUUCCAUUCAACCAGUUCGUUCCUUUCCCUUUGUUGCCAUCCCUGAAAGCCAACCGGACAAGCUCGUUGACAAAGAUGCUAACAAUGACAUUUGCAGCUCUGAAGAACCCGAGUCUAAAGACAGUAGAUCAAUGUCAGUCGAUCAAGAUCCCCUUUCUUCGUCUGUCAAAGACUCUGCCCAAAUCAAUACCUCUUCAGAAGUCGGUCACAAAGAUGCCAGCGAAACCCAUCCGAACUUGUCAACCUCCGUUUCAUUGUCGUCAUCUUCGAAUCUCAUUUCUUCAUCGUCGUAUUCAUCUUCGUCUUCUCUACCAGUGACAACCACCACCUCAAAAUCUCUGUCCACACCGCCGGUCGACUCCAGCUGUGUGACCAGCUCGUGUAAGACCAACAUUUCUAAAAUCGUGUUAAAAUAUGCUAAUGGCCAAUUUGAUUGCCAACUCUGCACUUUCUCAGGAGGACAGGUCAGUUUUGAGGACCACCUUUUUAAACACAUAGAGGACCAGGCACUUAGAUGUGAUGACUGUUCAGCAAAUAUCUAUUCUAUUAGUGCAUGGCAUCAACAUCUGCUAGAACGGCACGAAGGUGAGCGUGUUUUACCUACGAAUGUUUGUAAAAUCAUUGAACAAGUAAAAACAGUCGGCUCUCAAACGUAUAACUUAAAACCAUUUCUCCAUUUAGCCACAAAUGACAAACCGCCAUCCUCUGCAGGUCGGACUUUAUCUUUAGAUCUGGAUGGUCAGGUAUCUUCCCCCAACCUAAAAGAACGUGCGAAACAUCCAGAAUCAGCCGAGUCAGAGCUCUGUUCCCAGACUGUACCUGGCUUUUUAGAAUUCACGUUUGUAAAUAAAGAAUAUUUUUGUUUGAAAUGUGCGAAAAGGUCCAAGGACAAGGAAAUUUUCCGUUUUCAUAUAUGGACACACACACAUUCUCCAGAGAGCACUUACUGUUGUUGUACGACCCUAACUCGAGAAAGCUGUGAAGUUGUCGCCAAUAUCAUUCAACUCAUAUCAAAUAUGAACCAGUCGCUGAUUACCAACCUCACCAGCGAUGACAAUUUCUCCAAUGAAAAAGUCGUCAUAUGUCGUGUACGAAAGUCAGACCUUAAACUAGAAACAGUUUUUCAAAAAGCCUCCGAGCUUAAAACUCUGUCCCUCUCCACUUUAAUUCAUGGUAACCGUGACGUCACGACCGAACCCUCUUCUCCAAUUAAAUUAUCUGGCCAACAGGCUGUUACUGAAUUUCCAAAGAGUUUGGUAAUUAGUGCCAAGGAUUCUGAGACUCCAAAAAUAGCUGCCGUUUUGAAGGAAACGGUAAUUGUAGAAAAUCCACAAAGGGCAGGAACUGACUACUUGACUGUCGGGUCUGUGGUCAAUAAAGGUUGUGAAAAACUUAACAAUGUAAAUUCUCUUGUAAAUAGCAGAUCUACCGAGGCCAAAGGUUUAGAUAUACGGGCACCAAUGACAAAAUCAGAAUCCAAAAGUUUUGAGCCCGAAAUAAAGAAGUUCAAACUUGAGCCCGACCUCGGCAGGAUCAAAAUCAAGCGUGAGCCAGGUGAAGAUUUAUUGCUAGCAGACAUAAAUCAAAAGAUUCUUAAUAUCAAGAAAGAGGUGAAAGAGUUUGCCUCACUCACUGAUAUGCUCUGUGAUAUGAGCAGCUCAAAUAAGAUUGCAACGCCUUUCAAGACAGAACACGGCCCUAGCGAUGAAGACAAAGUUUUGGAUCUUAAAGUCUGUCCUUCGUUUUCAUUAAGCACCGACGAAGAAUCGAAGAAGGCACAGUCAUCAAAUUCUUCCAGUCAUUUCUCUUUUGGUAACAACAAAGGCACUGAACCUUCCAAAACACAGAAGACAAACUUUGAAAAUUUUGGUUCCUCGGUCCGAUCUCUCAUGAACUCCGAAGGUGGUUCCAGAAAUUUCGAACAAGAAAAGAGAGGGGCGUUUUACAAAUGCGGUUUUAACGGUUGUCAGUUUGCUUGUAUGAACUCGAUAGAAUUUAGAAGCCAUUUGGAGAACGCCCAUAAAUACAUGUCUGUCUAUCCAUGUGCUCACUGUGGUCACACGGCGACGGGAGAAGACAGUUUGUUACGGCACAUGCAGAGCCACACAGUAUCGAAGGUCUUUCUGCUUUACAAGUGUGCCUUUCAUGGUUGUCGCUUCGGAACCAACCUCCUUCAUGAAUUUAGAGAGCACAACGAGAUUCUUCACCAACACGAGACCAGCUUCAGAUGCCUGAAUUGCAGUGUCGUCUUCUACGACAUUUCAGAUUUGGUCAGUCAUCUAAAAAACAAUCUCUUGAAAUUCAUCCAAUGUCCGCACUGUUCGGUCAAGGAUCGAAACCGCCAAGCCGUUCUCACUCACAUCUCUGAGGCACAUCCAGGAAAGCCCAAACAGAUUGUUGUGACAAGUCAGGUUGUUUGCCGAGAGAAACCAGGGGAAAGUGCUAAUUCUUCCUCUAUUAUAUCCGAACACCCGACUCGUCCAUGCGAUCAAGCAAAGAACUCGUUCCUACCAAAGGACGACAUCGAGUACAUUGAAACCAAACUCAAACCGAAUGACAUUCCUCCGGCUCUGAAACUUAGCCUGGAACGCCACGAGAUGGCAAAUAGUUCUAGCCCUAAUAACAAGAACAAAUUCUUGCCACUUUCCAAAGAACAACUACAGCACUUUAAAGAGAUCACAGAUCUUUAUUUACAUUCUUUGCCCGUUUUGUUCUUACAGAAGCCGGUUGCGAACCUGUGUAAAGUGUCACAUCUGGUCGCAGCACAUGAUGCUGAAACGCAAAAGAUGUAA